AUGUCGAUUGCGAUUGGUAGUGGAUAUCUUGGAAUUGUCAAGUUCAUGAUGGAAGAGAGUGGCGCUGAGCUUGGCGAGUACUUUGAAAACGGGUCCUCUUAUGGAUACGAGUGGCCUCUCGUUUGUGCGAUCAAGCAUGGCAAGAGAGAUAUCGUCGACUACCUGUACGAGCGGAAGAGAUACCAAGACAAAUCGCUUGUAGCAGCAUUCUGUGCUGCGGCUCAGGCUGGUUCGCUGGAGUUGGUGAAAAUGUUGAAUGGCUCCCGCGAUUUCGGUCCAUCGGCCCUAAACGAUGCGUUUGCAUCUGCAGCAGAAGGCGGCCAACUCGAGAUGAUGACGCAUCUGCAAUCCCACCAGAAAUUUGACCAGACUGCUAUCGACAAGGCUCUUGAAGCAACGGCCGGCCGAGGAUACGAGAUGUCGCCUGCUUUCCUGGAUAAAUCCUUUGAACGCGCUGGCGGCAGCCACCGUCUUGAAAUAUUGCAGUACUUGAACUCCAAAGGGGAAGUCUCUCGUAAAGCGGUCAACAACGCCUUUGAGUAUGCCGCAUUCGAGUCAGAUGACGACCAGGCUCGCGUUUUGAAGUUUUUGUUCGACAAGGGCUGUGUAUCCCCCGAAGUCAUUAGUGAGGGCUUUUCCGAUGCAGCAAGUAGCUGUCGUCUCGAUAUUAUGGAGUUCUUGUACUCCAAGGGGUCGAUCUCACCUGAGUUGGUAGACAAAGCUUUUCAAGAAGCCACAAGUCAGAACAGUCAAGUUUCUCUACAAAACUGGCUUUGUUCGUCCAAAGUCGGUCGAGAACGAUGCUACUGA